UUGUGUAAUUUGAAGUGUGCAGGUUAUGUUUAACAAAUAACAGAAAGCGUUUAUAAAUUUUAUAAAAUAACAAAAAAGCAAAAUGUCUUCAAAGGAAAAUAAACGUGAUUUUAAAACUCCUUCUGGGAGCAAGUAUGAACAAUCUGCGCGUCACAGAGACAAGUCAAAACAAUAUUUAGAUAGGAAUGAAAGAAACCAUAAAUCUGAAGAUACAGCCAACAAACCAAGGGAAAGAAAAUCUGCGGACAUGUUAACAUCAAAAACAGGAGGUGCCUACAUUCCUCCAGCUAAGUUACGAAUGAUGCAAGCCGAAAUAACUGACAAAUCAUCAGUAGCAUUUCAAAGAAUUGCUUGGGAAGCGCUCAAGAAGUCAAUUCAUGGAUAUAUUAAUAAAGUAAAUACUUCUAAUAUUGGAAUUAUAGCUAGGGAGUUGUUGCAUGAAAAUAUUAUUAGAGGAAGAGGAUUGCUUUGUAAAUCAAUCAUACAAGCACAAGCAGCUUCCCCAACAUUUACCAAUGUUUAUGCUGCAUUGGUGGCAGUUAUUAAUUCUAAAUUUCCAAAUGUAGGAGAGCUUUUGUUAAAAAGAUUGGUUUUGCAAUUUAAGAGAGGCUUUAAGCAAAACAAUAAAACCAUAUGCAUAUCUGCUUCUAUUUUUGUUGCACAUUUGGUCAAUCAGUCUGUUGCUCAUGAAAUUUUGGCUUUAGAAAUACUAACAUUACUUAUUGAAACACCAACAGAUGAUUCUGUUGAAGUUGCUAUAGCAUUUUUGAAAGAGUGUGGACAAAAGUUAUCAGAAGUGUCUAGCAGAGGAAUUAAUGCAAUUUUUGAAAUGUUAAGAAAUAUUCUUCAUGAGGGUAAAUUGGAAAAAAGGAUUCAAUACAUGAUUGAAGUAAUGUUUCAAAUAAGAAAAGAUGGGUUUAAGGAUCAUGCAGCAAUAAUCGAAGAAUUGGAUAUUGUUGAAGAAGAUGAUCAGUUUACGCAUUUGAUUAAACUUGAUGAUGCAGUACAGUCAGAUGCAGAAGAAAUUUUAAAUGUAUUUAAAUUUGAUGACAGUUAUGAACAAAAUGAAAGUAAAUAUAAGUUGCUUAGUAAGGAGAUUUUACAGAGUGAUAGUAGCGCCUCUUCCGCUGAGUCUGACGACUCGGAGGAGUCUGAUGAUGAAAGUGAUAAAGAUGAAGAAGUGAAAGAACAAAGUGGAAUUAUUGACAAUACUGAAACUAAUUUAAUAGUUUUGCGAAGAACUAUUUACUUAACAAUUCAGUCAAGUUUAGAUUUUGAAGAAUGUGCUCACAAACUUUUAAAAAUGGAGUUAAAACCGGGGCAAGAAAUUGAAUUGUGUCAUAUGUUUUUGGAUUGUUGUGCAGAACAGCGAACAUAUGAAAAAUUCUAUGGGUUGCUUGCACAAAGGUUUUGUCAAAUAAAUAAAACCUAUAUAGAACCAUUUCAGCAAAUUUUUAAAGAUACUUACUCUACAACCCAUAGACUGGAUGCUAACAGGCUAAGGAAUGUAAGCAAAUUUUUUGCACAUCUCCUAUUUACAGAUGCCAUAGGCUGGGAAGUCUUAGAAAUAAUGAAAAUGAAUGAAGAAGAUACAAAUAGUUCAAGUAGAAUUUUUAUCAAAAUAUUAUUCCAGGAACUUGCUGAAUAUAUGGGUCUUGGAAAGCUAAAUGCGCGUCUGAAAGAUCCUACAAUGCAGCAGCAAUUUGCUGGUUUGUUUCCUAGGGAUAAUCCCAAAAAUACAAGGUUUUCAAUAAAUUUUUUCACUUCUAUUGGAUUAGGAGGAUUAACUGAUGAAUUGAGAGAACAUUUAAAAAAUAUUCCUAAAACUGUUCCUACCAUGAAGAAAUCUGAUAGUAGUAGCAGUUCAUCUGAGUCAUCAAGCGAGGAUUCAUCAUCAGAAUCAUCCAGUUCCUCCAGUUCAGGAAUAGAAAGGCAUCAAAAAAAGAAAAAAAAGUUUAGACAGGAAAUACUUAAUGACAAGAAAUAUUCUAAAGAAAAGGAGCAUCACAACAGAGAUGACCAGAAUGGUAAGAAAAAGUAUAUUGAUGACCACUCUAGAAACAAGAGAAAAAGACAUUCAGUUGAAUCUGAACAUCAACAGACUAAAAAAUAUUCAAAGGAUAAAAAAGAUUAUGAAUGGGUAAAAAGUAGACAUGAAGAUAACGUAUCCCAACUUAAAAAUACAAAAAAAGUAUUUGAAAGAUCAAAAUCACAAGAAAAGAUCAUAAAGAAGAACUUGAAGAAAAAACGAUAAAUAAGCUGUAGGAUUUGUAUUAUAGUAAAUAAGUAAUUGUGUAUUUUUUGUUAAAUAAAUAUUUUAUAUAACUGUU